AGUCGGCUUUAGUACGUGUUUACUGUGACCGCGUCUCUCACUUUUCUCAAGUAUUCGCAACUAAAUAUUCAUUGCAAUAAAAAUAUGCAGAGCCAAUGUAAUUCGAUUCAUCAAGCCAAUUCAAUCAAAUAAAUUUCAUUAAAUUAUUUAUGCAAGGAACAAGAAUUUUAAUAGUGUAUUCCAAUGUUUGGUUAAAACCAAAUAUAUAAACAAGAACAAAAGUGAUUCGGAAAAGUGUUUGGACAGUUUUAAUCCCAGCAAUCAAGUUAACUCACGUUUUUCUUAACUUUAUGUCACUAUGAGAAGUUUUAUUUGAUGAACAUUUUUAGAGCAGAUUUUUAUCACUUUAAUGACAAACCAAAGAAACGUUAUCCUUCUCAAGAAUUUAUCUUUCGUAAGAGAUAAGGGUUAAUGACUGUAAAAUAUUUGUAAGAGUAAUCGUCAAUACAAAUAAGAAAAAGUGUGCAACCUUCACAUACUGAUGCCUGAAGUAGAAUAGUAAAGUGAUAUCACAAAAUACCCGUGGUGAAGUGGACGCUAAUUGUUUAUUGACAACUACUAAGUGUUUAUCUACAACAAGAGCUGAUGUAACAGGAACUUAACUACCGGAAAAUUAAUAAAAUCACUGCCAUUUCAGGCUAUAAUUUCCCUGUGAGCGACUUUUAGUUUAACAAACAUGGGUGAGAAAGAAAAAAAUAAAGAUAUUGAAGAAUACAAUCCCUUCGAGCAUCGGCAAGUUGCGAAACCAAAUUCAGACCUCAGAUCCUUGGCUAAUCUUAUAAAGUCUUCAUUGGGUUCAGGACUGCUUGCUAUGCCUUUAGCAUUCUCGAAUGCUGGUUGGGGAGUCGGCAUUGUAGGAACUAUAAUAGUGGCAUUUAUCUGUGGACACUGCGUCCAUAUAUUUGUAGAAACAUCCCGAGGGUGCUGCCGAUUAGAGAGGAAGCCUUUACUAAGUUACUCUGAAACGUGUCGGUCAGCGUUUGCAAAUGGACCCAAAUGUGUCAGACCACUCGCCAACUUUGCGCAUUUGUUUGCGGAAUUUUCCUUAUGCUUCACGUACCUUGGCGUCUGUUGUAUAUUUACUGUGCUAAUAGCAACUUCGAUUAAGCAGUUAUUUGACACAUACUUGACGACGACGGACAUUCCAGUGGAGCAAUAUUGCCUAAUGCUACUGGCGCCGCUUUGCCUUCUCUGUCAGAUCAGGCACUUGAAGUGGCUCGCUCCAUUCUCCUUGCUUGCCAACAUCCUUCUGUUCGCCACCUUCGCAAUAUGUCUCUACUACAUAUUCAGGGAACCACUGACGGUCAGCGACAAAAGUGUUGUUGGAGAUUUAUCAAGACUACCAGCGUUUUUAUCGACUGUGAUCUUCGCAAUGGAAGGAAUAGGAGUGGUGAUGCCAGUGGAGAAUACGAUGAAGAAACCCCAACAUUUCCUCGGAUGCCCAAGCGUUAUGGUGAUCGCAAUGUCUUUGGUGAUGUGCUUCUAUACAAUCUUAGGAGUGUUCGGCUACCUCAGAUAUGGAGAAGCCCUCAGAGGAACUAUUACGUUAAACCUCCCGAUGGAUGAUUGGCCAGCAAUAUGUGCAAAGUCUUUCAUAUCAGUGACCAUUUUCCUAACCUACCCUCUUCAUUUCUUCGUUGUGAUUGAUAUAUUCACAAGAUACGUCCAACCACGUGUGCAAGAAAAGUAUCACAACGUAAUGCAAAUCUCUACCCGGAUCAUAAUUGUCUGUUUUUGUGGUGGCAUUGGUAUCGCGCUUCCAUUCUUGGAACAGAUCAUCAACCUGGUCGGUGCUCUGUUCUACUCCAUCCUUGGUCUCAUCAUACCAGGCGUCAUUGAAACCGUCUUCCGAUGGGAAGACCUUGGCAGAUACAACUGGAUUCUAUACAAGAACAUCAUCAUCGUCUUCUGUGGCAUGUUCAGUCUCGUCUCAGGGUGCACCGUCACUAUCUCUGAUACCAUAGAAAUGAUUCACCAGAAAACUGAAUAAACAAAGACUAUUUAAAACAGUAUUCUUGAUAAUUACAUUAAGUGAAGUACGAUAAUCUGUGAUUAGUUUACAUAAUUAUAAAGUUAAUUUAAUUAUUGUUGUAAAUAGGUUAAAUAAAUUAUGUCAUACUA